AGCCAUAGAGUUUAGUGGCCAGAGCGGCCCUGCUGGGAGGUGGCAGGAAAGGCCCGGAACAGCUGCCGGAGGUGACGGCGCUUCGGCCCCGCCCGGCGCGCUGGAAGAGGAAACUUCCAGGUUAGCUCCCCGCAGAGUCUGACCCAGGCUCCAGACAUCCUGAGCCCUGGUCCCCCCAACCAAGUACAGCCAUGAGUGCGGAGGUGAAAGUGACAGGGCAGAAUCAGGAGCAAUUUUUGCUCCUGGCCAAGUCAGCCAAGGGGGCUGCACUGGCCACACUCAUCCACCAAGUGCUGGAGGCCCCUGGUGUCUACGUAUUUGGGGAACUUCUGGAUAUGCCUAAUGUUAGAGAGCUGGCUGAGAGUGAUUUCGCUUCCACGUUCCGGCUGCUCACAGUGUUUGCUUACGGGACAUAUGCUGACUACUUAGCUGAGGCCCGGAAUCUCCCCCCACUCACGGAGGCUCAGAAAAAUAAACUUCGACACUUAUCGGUCGUCACUCUGGCUGCCAAAGUCAAGUGUAUUCCAUAUGCAGUGUUGCUGGAGGCCCUUGCCCUGCGGAACGUGCGGCAGCUGGAAGACCUGGUCAUCGAGGCCGUGUACGCCGACGUGCUCCGUGGCUCCCUGGACCAGCGCAACCAGCGGCUGGAGGUUGACUACAGCAUCGGACGGGACAUCCAGCGCCAGGACCUCAGUGCCAUUGCCCGGACCCUGCAGGAGUGGUGUGUGGGCUGUGAGGUGGUACUGUCAGGCAUUGAGGAGCAGGUGAGCCGUGCCAACCAGCACAAGGAACAGCAACUGGGCCUGAAGCAGCAGAUUGAGAGUGAGGUCGCCAACCUUAAAAAAACCAUUAAAGUUACGACAGCAGCUGCUGCUGCAGCCACAUCUCAGGACCCUGAGCAACACCUGACUGAGCUGAGAGAACCAGCCCCUGGCACCAACCAGCGCCAGCCCAGCAAGAAAGCCUCAAAGGGCAAGGGGCUCCGGGGGAGCGCCAAGAUUUGGUCCAAGUCGAACUGAAAGGACUGUCAUUUCUUCCCUGCGGAAUGUGGGGUCCAUCUGCCUGCCGGCCCCUUAGGAUUCUUCAGAGAGCCUUCCUGUGCCCCUGGCCAGCUGAUAACCCUUGGUUCAUGAACUGUCACCUCCUACGUCCUCAUCUCCUCGCGCCCACCCCCAAGCAGAGAUCACACCUUCUCUAGGCAGGAGUUGAGUACAAGUCAUGUUGUCAUAGGUACUUUUUGUUUUUCUGUGACUUUCUUAUGUGUUCCAUUGUCUCCCCACCACCAUGCUCUCUUCCCUAUUUCUUUAAGAGCCGCCAUCAAGCCCUGUCUGUUACAUGUUGUGGAGUGGGUGGGGCUGCUUCAGCACCAGCGUUAACUCACAGGUGUUCCUUCUCCAGGCGGUCCCUUCCCCUGCAUGCCCAGUCCCCACACGCUUCCUGUCCCCAGCCUAUUUGGACAGCAUCUGAGGAGCCACCCAACCCCACCUUUAUUCCCACUCUGAGAGUUCCGGGAGGUAGUGUGCCAUCUGGGAGCCAGGAAUCACUGGACACUUUCGCCCUAGAAGCUAACACUACAGUUGUUUCCUCUUCUCCCUCCUCCCUUUACUCCUGGGAAUGCUGCUGCUUCAACCACCCCAGAGCCUAAGAAGGGUCGCUGUUUCUCGAGAUGUUGAGAACUGGUUCUUUCUGGGUCCUGGCUGUCUUGGAAAUCUUCACUAUCUUAGUGGCAGUCCUGGAAGGAUUUAUACUCCUUUUGUGAGUUUGGUGGGGAAGGGUAGGGGAAAUAGAUUGUAUUAAAAAAAAAGUAUAUAUAUAUAUAUAUCUAUAUAUAUCUAUAUAUAACAUUACAUAGAAAUAAAUCUAUGAGAAAUCUAUCUACAAACAUGCCCUGAACUGGGUAUCUUCUGUCUUUGAUGUCUGUGGAUGGGGAGAAGGUUCAUUCCCGGUGCACUUGAAUGUAAAUUGCUGGAAGAAGAGAGCCAGGUACUGUGUAUAGAGUCUGGGCCUAGGAGCCCGGGGACCUGGAUCCCAGCUGUGUCACCUUGAACAGUCAUCUCAGCAUUCACUCCGAAGCAGUGGGUGCUUCCUGAGCACUCACAAGUGGUAGGCACAGCACAGGUGACGCAAAGUGAUGAUCACUGUCCCUGCUUUCAGAAGUUUGAAUUUGGCCAGUUCCUUCCUUUUUAUAAUUCCGGGGAAGACCUAAUAAUCAGCUUGAAUUUUUUGCAUCAGAACUCUCAGAUCUGCAGUAAGAAGCAGUUGUCAGGCUCCCGUCUUCUACCCAGGGCAGACCUUUCCAAGCAGUGUGCUGGAGGAUUGACCUCCUUGUGCUCGUGUGCUGCUGAGUACUGUCUAGAAUUGGAAAGUUCUAGAGAGUAAGGGACAGCUGACCUCCAACUUAUACAUGAAGUGGUUGCCUCCUGAGGCUCCCAGUGUUGGGUGAGCUACUCUCCAGAGCCGGUGCUAUUCUUUAGGUGGAAAUUUAGAACAGACCUCUUUCCGCUGAUCCUGAAUAUAUCAGUCACAGAGUUAGAAAGUGGGGGUGGCAUUCUGAGUUUCUGAUUAAAAGUGGGCUGGCUAAGCCUGUGGUCUUGAGGGGGCGAUGGAAACUUGACAGGACCCUGUUUCCAGAGUUGUCACUUGUUGAGCCUGUUGCUUCUUGAUUUGUGGUCUCUAACUCUGAAAUAAACCCCUUCCUCCCACAUCCUCCACUGUGUAGCAGUUUGUAAAUUCCUAGUGCUUUGAACCUGUCCCUUCUUUGGCAAAUGCCCCAAUUUUUCUCUUGAACUUGGUGCCUCAUGUUUGUAAGCUGAUUUCAGCUAAUUCCUCCAUAACUUCCCUGACCUCUCUAGUUCCAGUCUUUGCAGGACAGUUCUAAGUCUAGUGUGCACUGGGGUGGCUCUACCAGAUGUAAUACCCAAAGGAGGGGAACUAUUCACACCCGCAAGUACAUGCAAAUAUAAUUUGUCUUUGGUUUACAAAGUUGGGGCUCUUGGCUACCAAAGCAUUGUGGGGUAGGAGAGGAUGGGAUUAUUUGUGGCUCAGUUUUUGACCCCUAAGAUUGGGUUCAGGAUUUAAGGAUUCCUUGUAUAAUCAAACCCAGGGCAACAAAAGAAUCUUCCCAACCAAGAAUCUUAACCACUACUUGUUGAUCUCACAUGCCAGUCAUCUUAGAUGAGCUUAGGACCACUAUGGUAAGAGAGAACUUGAUUUAAAAGACAUUUCUCCAAAGAGGAAAUGCAAUGGCCAACAGGCAUGUGAAAAAAUGUUCAACAUCCCUUAUAAUCAGGGAAAUGCAAAUCAAAGCCACAUUGAGAUAUACCACCUUACACCAGUAAGAAUGGCAUAUAUCAAAACAACAAGCAACAACAAAUGGUGAGGAUGUGGUGAAAAAGGAACUCUCCAACAUUGCUGGUGGGAGUGCAAACUGGUCCGACCACUAUGGAAACCUGUCUAGAGGUUCCUCAGUCUACUAAAAAUGGAGCUAUCAUAUGACUCAGUAAUUCCACUCCUAGGGAUUUACCCAAAGGACACAAAAAAACAUUGAUUCAAAAGACCGCCUGUACCCCUAUGUUUAUUGCAGCACUAUUUACAAUAGGUAAAACCUGGAAACAAUCCAAAUGUCCACAAAUAGAGGACUGGAUCAAGAAAAAUGUGGUAUAUAUACACAAUGGAAUGUUAUUCAGCAAUCAAAAAAGAUAAACUCAUGCCAUUCGCAGCAACAUGGAUGGAACUAGAAGGAAUUAUGCUCAGUGAUAUAAGCCAGAAGGAAAAAGAAAAAUAUCAGAUUGUUUCACUUUUAGCAGGAAUAUAGGAACCAAAUAAGACAUCAGUGUAAAAAAAAUAACAGUACAAAACACAACAAAGCAAACCAGACAAUUAUAAAUCAGAAACAUCCUGCAGGGGAGGA